ACAACAACAACAACAAUAAUAAUGUUAUCCCAUAUUCAGCAUAAUAUUCCCAUGUUGGCAUGUUCAAAUAGUUCAUUAGACGAUAGAAAUUAAAUAUCGCUGUCAGACGUAAGUCCAAGAGGCAAAGUAAGUACCAACAAGUAUGUCAAUCGAAUUUAAAAAACGUAAAGUUGUGCAAAACCGACGUAGGCGAGCCACCUCAGAUAGUGAAAACAGUGAUGAAGAAAGUGCUGUUGUUUUAAAUGAAAAACGAAAUAAAAAAUCCAGUCCAUUUAUUCAAAGUACAUCGAACAAAAAGCUCAAAGCAUCUGAACCAAUACACGAUUCUUCAGAGAGUGAUAAUGAAUCUGUCGGUGUUUCAUAUCGUUCCAAAAUGGACACCGACAUGAGUGGACCGAAAGACAUGGGUGCAACUGCAACAAUUGAAAUUGAUACUGAACUUGACAAAGAUGCCCAAGCUAUCUAUGAACGUUCUUUACAAGUGAAUAAAGAACUUAAAGGUAAAGAAGAUGACAAGGUUUAUAGAGGUUUAGCGAAUUAUACUCAAUAUUAUGAGAAAAAAGAUACAGCUUUAGGUAAUGCAUCUAGUGGAAUGGUACGCAAAGGACCUAUAAGAGCACCAGCUAAUUUACGUUCCACUGUUCGUUGGGAUUAUCAACCUGACAUUUGUAAAGAUUAUAAAGAAACUGGUUUUUGUGGUUUUGGCGACAGUUGUAAAUUUUUACACGAUCGUUCAGACUAUAAAUUUGGGUGGCAAUUAGAAAUGGAAUCUACUCAACAAGGUGAUUCAGAUGAUGAUGAUCCAUCAAAGUAUGAAAUUAAAGAAAAUGAUGAUGAUUAUUUGCCUUUCAAAUGUUUGAUUUGUCGCGGAUCUUAUGUCAAUCCUGUAAUGACAAAAUGUAAACAUUAUUUCUGUGAAAAGUGUGCUUUAGCUCAUUUCAAAAAGAGCACUAAAUGUUUUGUCUGCGAGAAACAAACUGGAGGAUUUUUUGAUCCAGCUACAACUAUAAUUGAAAGACUAAAUGCAGCUAAUACAGACAUAAUACAUCAAUGUAAUUCAGAUGAAGAAUCGGAUUAAUUAAUAUACAUAAUUGUACAUAGUUAAUACCAUAUUAUAAAUGCCUAGAAAUUGUUUAUUAUAUCAAUGUAUGUCAAACCAUACAAUCAAAGAGACAACUGCCUAGUUAAGACAUAAACAUGUAUUCAUUUUAUGUACCAUAGUAUUAUUAUUAAAUUCUAGAACUCUAUGAAAAACGUAUUUUUGUAAUUAUUUUAAAAACUUAUAAACUAGCCAACUAGGUAUUAUUUAUUUGGUUCAUAAUAAAAAAGAAUUUUUUAAUCAAUAUUCAACAUUAGUUAUUCUUACAAUGUUACAAUCUUUUUUUUUAAUACUCUGCAUUUCAUUUUUUAUAUGUUUUGUAAGAAUAUUAACCCUUUCACUGUUCUUAAUGUACUAUUACGUCUAAAACAUUUUUUCUAUUCGCUGCUUCAGACGUACGAUUACAUCCUUUUAUUUUAUAAUAUUCACAUUUUCUAGUUACCCUACAAGUUUUGGAAACCAUGGCUCGCAUUAUAUUAAACUUAAAUAAUUAGAUCAUGUAGAUCUCAAAAUUAUAAUUUUAAAAAUUUAAAAAAAAAAACAAAUAUUUUAUUUUAUGUAGCAUACACAGGUUUCAGUAGAUAAAUAAUGUAGCAGUGAAAGGGUUAAACAUUUGGAAGUCUUUUUUAACUAAAUGUAUUUACUAUUGUGUAAAAUGUAUUUACCUUUUUUUAAUUGUACUUAACAUUACUAUUGUACUUUUCUAAAAUUCUCUGGGUAUCUUUGAAUCUUGGUCUAUAUGUUAUAGAUGUAUUUUUAUAUUUUGUUUUUUCAUUAUUUAAAAAAUAUUAAAGUAAAAUAUUUUAAAUUAUUUCAUAUUUAUCUGAAAUAGGUAAAAAAAUUAAAGUGAACUAGUCAUCUAUAACUUUUAAAUUAGUAGAUAUAAAAAAAUUAUAGUUAAGUAAAUGAUUUAUAAUUGUAUAUAUUAUUUUUUAAUAUUUCCUUAUUAAUUAUUACUAAAUUAUCGACAGUAGAACUUUGAUUACCUAUAUAUAUGUGGACCAAGAGGAUGAUAGAUAACUGAAUUAGACGAAUAAAAGAAAAAAUAAUGUUCGUGUUUAUUAUUAUUAAUUUUGAUAUUACAUGUAUCAAUGUAUUUAUUUUUAUUAUUUAUGUUUUUAAUGUAUUGGUGCAAUGAUCAUAAAAUAAAAUAAUUGAAAAAAUUGGCUA